CGAAUGCGUAGUUCCAAGGACGACGGUCUGCUUGGCUCAGUUAUGUGGCGGCUGUGGCUUGAAGAUCAGGACCAUGCUCAAACUGGAAACGGCUUUCUGGCAACAAUUGCGCACGCCAAAAGAGAGAUGCAUGACAUGAGCAUGCAGGUAUACCAAUGACCCAGAGGAUGCCCAAAAAGACGCAGAUAGGAACGGAUAAUUGGCUCGCGGUCCUUGCUGUCGGUGCUUUGCUCGCAGGAUGCGGUUCUCUGUGGCUGGCCAAGGUGAACACCGCGGUUCCUGCACCAUACCUUGACGAAGAAUUUCACGUCAGGCAAGCGCAAGUGUACUGCAAGAACCGGUUUCAUGUUUGGGACCCGAAGAUUACAACGCCUCCAGGUCUGUACCUUGUUUCCUGGAUUAUACAUCGCCUAACGGGUAGAUGCUCGCUAUCGGACUUGCGCGCUCUGAAUCUUGUCACUGUCCUGAUCGGCUAUCUAUACGCGUACGUGAUCAUACGCGGCCAAGUUCAGAGUCGUUCGCCUCCGGGAAAACAGGCCGGUUUGGUGCUCACGGCCGCUAACCUAUGGCUCUUCCCUCCGCUGUUCUUUUUCUCAGGGCUGUACUACACGGACGUGCAGUCUGUAUUCUGGGUCCUGUUAGCCUAUCAGUCGUUCCAGAGGUAUUGUCGGCGAGGCUUUUCCUCAUGGAGCGAUGCAUUCUCGCAGCUCAAAUUCGGCGUCAUUGCGCUCUUCUUUCGCCAGACGAACAUUUUCUGGGUCUCCGUCUUUCCUGCCGGCCUCUCUCUAAUAUCCUCUGCUCGAACGUUGAGGAAGAAGACAGCUGCAGCAAUGCAUGGUCGCAAGUGCUGGCGUGCAGUGUGCAUGGACUCAUGGCGUGAAGUCGAAUUAUACGAUCUUCCCGUAUACGAGGCUUGCAUCGAAGACUAUGCCAAGACAGCAGUAUCCCUUGCCAUUGUCACUCUGGUGAAUGCAAAGAAGAACAUUUCCAUCCUGUUUCCUUACAUCACCCUCAUUGUCGGUUUUGCGGGAUUCGUGGCCUGGAAUGGCGGUGUCGUGUUAGGGGACAAAUCAAACCACGUCGCUACGCUUCAUCUUUCCCAGAUGCUCUAUAUCUGGCCUUACAUGCUGUUCUUCUCCUGGCCCAUCGUUGCGCAGGCUUUUCUCCAAGGCCACGUAGCAGUGUGCAGUACGUGGCCACAGCUGGUACGAAAAGUGCUGUUAUUUGGUCUUCUGACAGCACUGAGCAUGGUCGUCAUCCACUAUAACACGAUAGUGCAUCCGUUCAUCUUAGCCGACAACAGACAUUACGUCUUUUACGUGUUCAGGAUCCUGCUACGACAUCCCGCAAUCAAAUAUAUCGCCGCACCGAUAUAUGUUCUCUCUGGUUAUGCUGUGAUUCAAACACUUGGCAUGAGGCCACUGGCGCAACAUGUUGAAUCUGAAGACGGCACCUCCGUCGCUCAAGUGGACGCAAGCCGGACAAGCUUUGUCCUUGUCUGGAUGAUUGCAACUGCGCUUGCUCUGAUCACUGCGCCGCUCGUAGAGCCUAGAUACUCUAUCAUUCCGUGGAUGGUAUGGAGAAUGCAUUUGGCUAGCUCUGAAUCUGAGAUGGCAGACGAUAAAACGUCCAAGCCUCACAAGGAUUCAAGGAGUCGGCAAACAUUGUAUAGCCUUUAUGGCCAUGUUCUCGAAACGAUUUGGUUUUUGGUCAUUGCUGCGGGAACUGGAUAUAUGUUCUUGUAUAAGCCUUUUGUUUGGCCUCAAGAACCUGGAAAGCUGCAAAGAUUCAUGUGGUAAAGUUUCUGAAAGCGCAGACGAUGGAUGUACCUUUUUCCACCUCGACAUUGUACGAACUGUCCCAUCAACCGGACAAAUCUAACUAAAAAUUUAUUUAUUCGUCGUCAUGCUCUGCAGUAAUGGCGAUUCGCUACUGAUA